GUCAAAAAAUUCAACACACCAGCAGUGUGAGGAGACCUGAAAGUGUGGCACAUGGCAAGAGUGUGGCGAUGGAGGACAGCAGCAAUGGGAGGCCGUACAGGGACCCAUGAGAGACUGCUGGACUGUGGCAGCAGCAUGAGGAGGCGUAUAUUAGGGGCCCAUGCCAGAUUAGGGGCCUGGCAGCAGCUAUGGGAGGCCCGUAAUCUGCCAGCACCUGCUAUGUCAAAAAAAUUGAACAACACCAGCAGUGAUGUGGAGGAGACCUGAAAGUGGCACAUGGCAAAAGUGUGGCGAAUGGAGAAAGCAAUCAAUGGGGAGGCUGUAUUCUGGACCUCAUGAGAGACUCUGGACUUGGCAGCAGCAUGA